GCAUCCUGGGAUAUGUUAUGAACUCCAAUGGCGGUGUGCAGGCUACCGUCUCGCGCUCUCACGCUGACUUGUUUUCUUUGUUCACUCUUACUUCAAACUUAUCGGACGGCUGCCAAAGAACUCAAGUGGGAUGAAAAUGGAUAUGUUUUGUACUGCCCGUGCAUGGGUCGCUUUGGGAACCAGGCAGACCACUUCCUGGGUUCUCUGGCUUUUGCUAAAAUGUUAAACCGAACCCUGGCCGUCCCUCCGUGGAUUGUUUACCGUCAUCACAGUCCCCCUUACACCAAUGUCCAUGUUCCCUACAGUGAGUUCUUCAAACUCGAGGCCUUGUCAGCAUACCAUCGCGUGGUGGCUUUGGAAGUCUUCAUGAAGGAGCUGGCUGACAAACACUGGCCCAGAGGGCAGAGGAAAGCCUACUGCUUUGAGGCAGCAGCUCAGCGGAGUGCAGACAGAAGAUCCUGUCCCAUGAAGGAUGGGAACCCUUUUGGUCCGUUCUGGGACUAUGUCGGCGUGGAGUUUGAGGAGUCUGUGUUGUUUAGUGGUAUUUCCUUCAGUGCGUAUCAUCAGCAGCAUUGGUUAAAGAAGUUCCCAUCCAACGAGCACCCUGUGCUAGCCCUGCCUGGAGCUCCGGCCCAGUUCCCGGUGGUAGAAGAUCAUGUUCGCCUGCAGCGUUACAUAAUCUGGUCAGACAAGAUGGCGGCGGAGGGACAGGAGCACAUCGCUGCACUCCUGACCCGGCCCUAUCUUGGCAUUCACUUGAGGAUUGGCAGCGACUGGCAAAACGCCUGCAAAUUGCUGAAGAGUGGCGAAGCGGGGCCUCACUUCAUGGCCUCCCCUCAGUGCGUGGGCUACAAGCGGCAGACGGCGCUGCCCCUCACCACGAUCAUGUGCCUGCCCGACCUGGCCGAGAUCCGCAGGGCCGUGUCGCUGUGGGUGAAGAAGACCGCGGCGCGCUCCGUCUACAUCGCCACCGACUCGGAGUCCCACAGCAGCGACAUUGAGAAGCUCUUCAAGGGCAAGGUGAAAGUGGUGAGCCUGCACCCUGACUCUGCCCAACUGGACUUGUAUAUUUUAGGCCAAGCGGACCACUUUAUUGGAAACUGUGUGUCAUCCUUUUCUGCCUUUGUGAAGAGAGAGAGGGAUGUGCACAACCUUCCCUCCUCCUUUUUUGGCAUGGACCAACCUGGGCAUGGUGACCCAGUCUGCACCGGUACACAGUGUGGAUCAGUAAUGGUACAGCAACACCACUUGGACAAUCAACACUGUAGCAACCCUGAUUUGCCUCUCUCCUCGAGCUGUGGCGAAGACGGGAACUAGGCACAGUGGGGGCAAAAACUCUGCGGCGAUACAAAAGGGAAAGCACUGCCCCAAACGUCCACAACGCAACUGCAAAUUGCUGCCACGCAAAUACAAACAAACACGACGGAAGUUAACCCAAAGAGGAACUGAACUGACAUAAACAGUAGAACUACCUUUGAAGCGGAUGUGCAUCAUGCUGGGUUAGGAGUUCCACGAUAGCUCUAUAGCUAGCUUGACACUUUAGACCAGUGAUUCCCAUGUGCUGUGCUUUGACAGAUCAUCAGUUAUACUAUGGGACAUUUUACAAUUUCACUCAAUUGGUCUGAAAAAUACUCUCUUAUUCCCAAUAAUGUAUCUUUGCUCAUCUACAGUAGCUACGACAGUGACAUAGGACCAACAAUGAAAUGCCCUUCCACUAGAUGGCUGAACAUAUAAUUAACCUGUUGCUAUUCAUUUAACAGAAUAAUAGCUUUGUGUUCAAUUGAACACACCCAGAUAUCACACUAAGUAAAUUUGUGGGUGAAUUGAGAUGAGAUGAUAAUAUUGCAGUAUAUAAACUUUUUCUUUGGUGGUGUGACUAUGCUACUGUAAAAUGUUUGCCUUGGCUCAAAGGUAUGGAAACAAUGCUUGAGCUAGAUACUCUAGACAGAUACUUUGGCGUGGUGAUGGAGAAACUCAGGCUUACCAUGGCGAGCACAGAGCCGCAGCGAAUUUGGGCAACAAGCACCUCUGAGCCAGGAUGUGUUUCAAAAGAAAAAAAAAAAGGAUUUGAUGCUAUGUUAGUUCAGCGGAAGACAUUUUACUAUGAUGGUGCAGCAAGUGAGCGAACAGCAGGAAAACAUUAUUCAAACUGAUAAACAACAACUUCGUUAAUAUAGACAUGGAAGAAAACAACUUUGCGGACAUCGCUAAACCAAAGACGGCUUUGAGUGUUAAAAAAAAACCGCUGUUUGUAUCAGCCAAACACAUGGUAAACAAGAAGUCGAGCACUACAACUUGAUAACAGCAGUACGUGGAUGGCUGUGCUCAUGUACAUGUCAUUCAACAAUGUAUAGUGAAGAGUUUAAUCCCGUUGUGUAGUCAUUUGAGAGAAGAUGGUGCUCAGAGGCCGUGUGUGCGCAAGGCAUCCAAUAUGCUGCAGCAAAGGUUAGGACUUUACAAUAAACAGUUGAAACUA